GCUCGGCCCGAGCGGCGGCGGCGGCGGCGGCCGAGGAAAAAAGAUGGCGGCGGGCUCGGAUCUGCUGGAUGAGGUCUUCUUCAACAGCGAGGUGGACGAGAAAGUGGUGAGCGACCUGGUGGGCUCGCUCGAGUCGCAGCUGGCGGCCAGCGCGGCCCACCACCACCACCUCGCGCCGCGCACGCCGGAGGUGCGGGCCGCGGCCGCCGGCGCGCUCGGGAACCAUGUUGUGAGCGGCAGCCCGGCCGGAGCUGCGGGCGCCGGGGCGGCUGCCCCCGCCGAGGGCGCGCCCGGAGCGGCGCCGGAGCCGCCCCCCGCAGGUAGAGCGCGGCCGGGGGGCGGGGGGCCGCGACGCCCGGGCCCCCACUCACCGCGCCGCCCCCCUGUUCCCGCAGGGCCCGCGGCGCCGCCGGCCGCGAAGCUGAGGCCGCCGCCCGAGGGCAGCGCGGGGGCCUGCGCCCCGGGCCCCGCUGCCGCCAACGCCGCCAACGCCAACGCCGCGGGACCCGAGCCCGCCGUCGCUGCCAAGCCCGUCGGCCCCGCCGCGCUGGCCGCGCGCGCCGGCCCCGGCCCCGCCAAGCCCGCCGGCCCCGGCGCCGCGCAAACUUUGAAUGGGAGCGCCGCGCUGCUGAACUCGCACCACGCCGCCGCACCUGCCGCCAGCCUGGUCAACAACGGGCCCGCGCCCGCGCCGCCGCCGCCGCCCAAGCCCGCCGCCCCCGGCACUGUCAUCCAGGCGCCCCCCUUCCCGGGCGCCGCCGCGCCCCCCGCCGCCGCGCCCUCGCCCCCCGCCGCCCCCGCGCCCCCCGCCGCCCCCGCGCCUGCCCCGCCGGCCCCCGCGCCCGCCACUCUGGCCCGGCCGCCCGGCCUCCCCGCCGGACCCCCGGCUGCCGCGCCCGCUGCGGCGCCGCCCGCCGCCGCCCAGAACGGGGCCAGCGCCGGGCUCGCCCCCGCUCCCGCCCCGGCCGCCGGGGGCCCCGCGGGGGUCAGCGGCCAGCCUGGGCCAGGCGCGCCCGCGCCGGGGGCCAAGGCCGAGUCGCCCAAGACGGUGGUGCCCGCGCCGCCGCCUCCGCCGCAGACCCUGGCGGCCGGCUCUGCGGCCAGCAUGCUCAUCGGGCCGACUAUGCAAGGGGCGCUCCCCAGCGCGGCCGCCGUCCCGCCUCCCGCACCCGGGACCCCCACGGGGCUGCCCAAAGGCGCGGCGGGCGCCGCCACCCCGAGCCUGCCGCGGACGCCCACUGCCGCCGCCGGCGGGAUCCGGGCCACGCUGACACCCACCGUGCUGGCCCCGCGUCUGCCGCAGCCGCCGCAGAACCCGACCAACAUCCAGAACUUCCAGCUGCCCCCAGGAAUGGUCCUCGUGCGGAGCGAGAAUGGGCAGUUGCUCAUGAUUCCACAGCAGGCCCUGGCGCAGAUGCAGGCGCAGGCCCACGCGCAGGCUCAGCCUCAGACCACCAUGGCCCCCCGCCCUGCCACCCCCACAAGUGCCCCUCCUGUCCAGAUCUCCACCGUACAGGCACCUGGAACACCUAUCAUUGCACGGCAGGUGACCCCAACUACCAUAAUUAAGCAAGUGUCUCAGGCCCAGACGACGGUACAGCCUACUACAACACUACAGCGCUCGCCUGGUAUGCAGCCUCAGCUUGUUCUGGGUGGCGCUGCCCAGACAGCUUCACUUGGGACAGCGACAGGAGUUCAGACGGGGACGCCUCAGCGCACGGUUCCGGGUGCGACUGCCACCUCCACAGCUGCCACGGAAACUAUGGAAAACGUGAAGAAAUGUAAAAAUUUUUUAUCUACAUUAAUAAAACUGGCUUCAUCUGGUAAACAGUCUACAGAAACAGCAGCUAAUGUGAAAGAGCUUGUACAGAAUUUAUUGGAUGGAAAGAUCGAAGCAGAAGACUUCACUAGCAGGUUAUAUCGCGAACUUAAUUCUUCACCUCAACCUUACCUUGUGCCUUUCCUGAAGAGGAGCUUACCUGCCUUGAGACAGCUGACUCCAGACUCAGCAGCCUUCAUCCAGCAGAGCCAGCAGCAGCCGCCACCUGCCUCGCAGGCCACCACCGCGCUCACGGCCGUGGUGCUGAGCAGCUCGGUGCAGCGCACGGCUGGGAAGCCGGCGGCCACCGUGACCAGUGCCCUGCAGCCCCCCGUCAUCAGCCUCACGCAGCCAGCACAGGCUGGCGUUGGCAAGCAGGGGCAGCCCACACCGCUGGUGAUCCAGCAGACCCCGAAGCCAGGAGCCCUGAUCCGGCCCCCGCAGGUGACCUUGACGCAGACGCCCAUGGUUGCUCUACGGCAACCUCACAGCCGGAUCAUGCUCACCACGCCACAGCAGAUCCAGCUCAACCAGCUGCAGCCAGUGCCCGUGGUGAAACCCGCAGUGUUACCUGGAACCAAAGCCCUUUCCACCGUCUCGGCACAAGCAGCUGCUGCGCAGAAGAAUAAGCUCAAGGAGCCUGGGGGAGGCUCGUUUCGGGAUGAUGAUGACAUUAAUGAUGUUGCUUCAAUGGCUGGAGUGAACCUGUCAGAAGAAAGUGCAAGGAUAUUAGCUACAAACUCUGAACUGGUGGGCACGCUAACAAGGUCCUGUAAAGACGAAACCUUCCUCCUCCCAGCGCCUUUACAAAGAAGAAUAUUAGAAAUAGGUAAAAAACAUGGUAUAACGGAAUUACACCCUGAUGUAGUAAGUUAUGUAUCACAUGCCACACAACAAAGGCUACAAAACCUCGUAGAAAAAAUAUCUGAAACUGCUCAGCAGAAGAACUUCUCUUACAAGGACGAUGACAGGUAUGAGCAGUCAAGUGACGUCCGGGCUCAGCUUAAGUUUUUUGAACAGCUCGAUCAGAUCGAGAAGCAGCGGAAGGACGAGCAGGAGAGAGAGAUCCUCCUGCGGGCAGCCAAGUCUCGAUCCAGACAAGAAGAUCCAGAACAAUUAAGGUUGAAACAGAAGGCAAAAGAGAUGCAGCAGCAGGAGCUGGCACAGAUGAGACAGCGGGACGCCAACCUCACUGCGCUCGCAGCCAUUGGGCCUCGGAAGAAGAGGAAAGUAGACUGUCCGGGGCCGGGAUCAGGAGCAGAGGGCUCGGGCCCAGGCUCGGCGGUCCCAGGCAGCUCCGGCGUCGGAACCCCCAGACAGUUCACGCGGCAAAGAAUCACGCGAGUCAACCUCAGGGACCUCAUAUUUUGUUUAGAAAAUGAGCGCGAGACAAGCCAUUCACUGUUGCUCUACAAAGCAUUCCUUAAGUGACGCAGGAGGAGCAGAGUGUGUCUGAUGGAGACGCCUGGGGACGUUUUUAUAUAUUUGCAAAUGACGCCUUUUUGUAACAAGCAAAUGGGAUAUUGUUUAAAAAACAGCCACCUCUUUACAAUGGAACAGUUUUAUAUUCCUGUUUCUAAAUCAACUCUUCAGUAUGAAAAAAAAUACCUUUCUGUAACAGAGAGAAUACAGAGGCCUGUGGAUAUUCUUAAAGGACAAUUAAAUUUUAACUCAUCUUUGAUUGAGUGGCCUUCUUGCCAAACAAGCCAUAUAUAAAGACUGACGGAAUCAUUUAGCAAAUAAUGAGCCGCCCUCUGUCAGCUCGUAGCAGUUUGUACCUUACUUGUGCAUUUGAGUUCAGUUCAACCUAUCUUCGCUGUAGGUGUGUGUCUACAGCCAGCGACCUCAUUUCAUUUAUUUUAUUUUGUAACAGUCAGUUGGCAAAGCAAACUGAUUUUUCAGACUAUUUAUCUUACUCCCUCUCCCCUUCUCCCCACCCCUUUCAGAAUUCUUGAGGAACCUGCAGCUCACGGUAUCACCAUCGCCUCGGAGUGUAGUCACAUUUCUGUUUAGUAGAGGCUGGAGCCAGCGAGGUGGGUUCCUCUUGAAUGUGUGGUCAGCAUCUGUACAAAUGCAUUUUGUUUGCUAUAGUUUGUAAAGCUGUAAAGUUGAGAGAAAUGAAAACCUUUUCAGCAUAAAUAUAUUUUACUUGCACUGUGUUUUUUAGCUAAAAGUGGAAACUUAGAUUAAAUAAAAUCAAAGUUGAGAAGAAUCAUCAAAAGACUGUUCUUGGUGUGAAUCAAGUGUUGGAAAAUGGCUGGUGUGUUUUGUCAGUAAUUGUACAUAAUUUUUGGCACAUAACAUACAGAUGGCUAUGUAAACUAUAAUUAUUUUGCUAAGAGACUGUAUGCAAGCUGUGGGCCAACUUUACAGGCGUCCAGAGCAAAGCCCCUUCUUUGUACCUAUUUUUUUAUUACAAAUAUACUAAUUGGUUCUUUAUAUUUUCAGAGGUUAUUGUAUUAAAUUGUCUAUUGAUAGUACUUUUAUGAUUGUAAAUACUUUGGCUUUCUCCAUGUGAAUUCUCAUGUUAGACUUUAAUUGGCGCGCGUGUGAACUGAAUGCUGAUCAGUAUUUUUUACCAACACCUGAGAACUGUUACACCUUUUAUUUUGUCUUUUAGGAAAUCCCUGUCUUUCCAUUUUUUCAUGUAAAUUUUGCAC